AUGUCAGGUUACGGUUACGGUCCUCCACCUCCGCCACCGCCGCCUUCUUCUGGUGGAACUUCAAGUUACGGGCCGCAAGCUCCAUCGUACCCUCAACAUGGCCAGGGUCGAGGAGGGCAUCACGGACGAGGACGCGGUGGUCAUUACAAUGGCGGCCGUGGAGACUACCAUGGCUCCCCUCAAGGUCACUAUGAAUACAAUGGCCAGCCAUAUCCUCCCCAUCACAACCCGCCCCCCUACGGUGCCGCGCAUCCCCCUGCAGGAAGCUACCCUCCGCAACCUCAAUGGGGACCAGAGCAUGGGCAUCCUCCUCACGGGCAUCCGCAAGGUUCUAUGCCUCCAGGCAAUUACCAUCCCAACUAUCCUGCCCAACCAUACCCCCCCUCUCAAUACCCCCAACAGCCACCUUACGGCGCUCCGCAGGCCUAUCCUUACCAAGGGCCACCUCCCCCAAACCAGACCCAGUGGAGUGGUGCUGGACAGCCCCCAGGAGGCCCUUAUAGCAGCAACGGGAGAGGUCGCGGCGGUUACAAUGACCGCAAUGGCCCUAAGCCCCCGUUAAAUGGUCCUGUGCGACCUGGAUAUGAGCAUGAAGCCAUGCCACCAGUUAAUGGCUAUGGUCAGCCUUAUCCUCAUGACCCACGAGCAGUUCACUAUCCUCCUCCUCAGUAUCCAGCAUACCCUGGCCCCCCUCUGCCCCCUGGUCAUCAUCAGGACGGCUACUACGGCCACAACAACCGUCGUGGUAGAGGAGGCUUUCGUGACGGUAACGCUCGAGGUCGCGGAGGUCACCAUGGAAAUGACAAGUCACGUCACCAGAAACAUGGAAAUAACGACUCUGCUCAUCAUAAGUCCGAAACCCCAACUUUGGGAAAGAAGAAGAAGCGCAAGACCAACACACUUGGUCUUACCCCUGGUAUGGAUUCGGAGUCUGAAGAUGACGAAGGUGAGGAGAAGGUUUUGACGGACUUGAUCGGACAAGAAACACUCAAUGUGAAAGAUGUUGCCUCUUUCCUAGCGGAGAGAAAGAAGCAUUUCCCCACCAAGGCACGCGUAGAAGCCAAGAAGACUGCCGAGUUGGCACAGAAUGGCGAAGACAAGGCCUCCUCGCUAGAGAAGCAAGCCGACAAACUCAGACGACAGUUGCGCAAAGUUGAGUCGUCGAUCAAGCGAAAGCGAGAACAGGGUGACGAAGGUGACGAGAUGCGAGAUCCAUCAGAGGAGUCAUCAGAUGACGAGCCAGAAGUUAUGUCUACUCGUGCCCAUGUUGCUCCCCCGCCUCCUCCGCCGGCCAAGAAAGCCGACGUAUCUAAGCACUGCAAAUAUUAUUCCACUGGUGGAACAUGCGGCAAGAAGGGCAAGUGCCGCUUCGUCCAUGAUCCUGAAGUCCGCGAAGCAGCCAUGAAGGAUCGUGAGGCCAACAAUGGACGGCUCACUAUUCAGCAACGUUUGAUUCUCAACGACAAGGAGCAAGAAGAUCUUACUGUCCUUCAGUCAAUCCAGUAUCUUCGCAAAAAGGGACUCAUGCAGCCUGAGGAGCCUGAGGAGCCUGAGGUCAAAAAGGAGAUAAAGCCAGUCGCGGCUGACCUACCGGCCCAUCCGCCUCCUUCAAGCCUACUUCCUGCUGCAUCGGCGUCACUUCCCCCUCCACCUAUCAAGCGAGAGCCUAACUUGCCUCGUCAUAACCCACCUCCGUCUAUCAUCCCUAGUGCCAACGGUAACAGCACUCAGGGAGUCAAACCAUAUCAAGGAUGGAACCUCAGGCCUUAUGGAAGCACUGGUGGGAAGUCGUCCAAGAGUGACGAUCUUCCUUGA